CACAAGCGCGCAUACACUUGCACACACCGUGAAAGCCGGUGUCAGUCAGUCAGACAGUCAGUCGUAAGCGACGAUAAUGUUGACUUUUUUUUAGUCCCACUUCGACUCAACAUUGAAUGGCGGGACAUGAAGGAGUGUGGAGGCUUUGGAUGUGCAACAAGUGACUGAAGAGGCAAGCGUGGACGCAACUCCCCCAAAGAAACAGCCUGCUGCGAUGCCGCUUCUGUGUAUCCGAGUGAAGAAAGCCAAACUUGACGGGCCUUCAGAUAAGUUCAACGCCUACGUGACACUAAAGGUGCAGAAUGUGAAGAGCACGACCAUCGCGGUGCGCGGAAACCGGCCGUGCUGGGAGCAGGACUUCAUGUUUGAGAUCAGCCAUCAAGAUGCCUCCCUGGUGGCAGAAUUGUGGAACAAGGGUUUAAUUUGGGACACUUUGAUAGGCACGGCGCUGCUGCCCCUCGACGCCAUUCGACAUUCCAACGAGGAGGGUCCCGGAGAGUGGACUUGUCUGGACUCGGAGGUUCUGAUGAGAGCAGACGAGAUCUUUGGCACCACCAAACCGACUGCGCACCAAGUGCUGCUGGACGCACGCUUUGAGCUCCCAUUGGACAUUCCAGAGGACGAAGCUCAAUAUUGGACUCGCAAACUGGAUCGCAUUAACAACAUGAACAUGGACGAGCGAGACUAUCCGCCGCAUGACGACACCAUUGACAGAGGACGGGUGGCGUCCGUGACCUCGCAGUGCUCUUUCGACGAUCACGACAGCGCUGUGGACGACCAUGACUGGGAAGCGGCCGUCCGAGCGCCGCCUCCACGCUACCACAACUCCUCGCAGAGCAACUCGUCGACCCACCAGUACCCCAUCGGAGGCCGGGUCCAGCGCCAGCAGCUCUCGCGGGACAGCUUUGAGAUGGAGCGCCCAAACCUGCGAAGUUUCAGGCGGUCAAGCAGCAGGCGCAGCGUAAGAAUAGUCCCGGUGGACUCAGGCAUGGGUGUAGAGGACUGGGAGGGCAAGUACAGAGUGGCCAACUCGGGAGUCCUGGAUGACUAUUUGGACCAAGAGCAGAAGAUGUGGGAGGACGAGGAGAAGAGCAUCAUCUACCGGCUCACAGAUACGGCAACAACGCAUGAAUCCAGAGGCAGUAGGUUCUACCAGACAGUGGAGUGCGACGCCCUCUCGCCCGAAGACCGUGAGGCGCCCCGCCGGCCAGCCGGUUUUGGCACCGGGGACCUCCGCUUGGUUUACCGGCAAGCCGGCAGCUUUGAGGAUGAGUCGUCCCCUCCUGAGAUUGACAUCAUCCCGUCCAUCAAAUGCCUCCAAGAGCAUGUGGACCGGGAAGGUCUGCUGUUCAAGACCAGGUUGUGGGCCAAGACUGCAUUAGAGGACAGCUAUGCGGCAUUCUGCGAGGAGGAGGCAGCCCAACAAGUGGCCAGGAUCAGGACCGAAUUUGGAUCCGUAGGUUCCGACGAAGUGCAGUAUUCCUUCGGAUCGGAUGAGGAACUUGAGGACCUGAUGUUCAGCGAGGCGGAUGUUACAUACGAGUAUUAUCAAUAUCCUAGCAGGUAUGCACCCCACCUUGAAGGGGCCGGAAUGAGAUCAGACACCAGCUUGUUGCCCGAGGAUGAGUCCUGUGAGGACUACAUUAACCCAAUGGAUGAACUCAAGUGCUUGGUCGAUUCCGUUUCACAGUACUUGACCGUCAAAGAGGAGGAGCUCAACAGCUCUGAGUUACAGCAGAAACCGGUGAGGCGAAAACUGCCGUCGCUGCCAGUUGCGCCGUGCAAGGAAAGUAAAAGCGAAGACGUCACGUCCGAGGACAUCAAAGCUGAAGACCUCAAAGCCGAGGACAUCAAAGCAGAGGACAAAGUAGGUGUUAAAAAUGUCAUGAUGUCAUUGUUCAGUACAAUUACACAAGCCAAAACCACUUCUGAAGCAGACCCGACAGAGCUUCCCAAGGCUCCCGCUGUUGACUCUGGGAUCUUCAAACUGCUAUCCAUGGUCCCAAAAAGUAGCCCCGAAGCCACCGAAACAUCCGGGGUGAUGCCCACAGACCCGCCGUCCUCCAAGGUGUUCCCCCAGCCUGAAUCUGGCAUCUCGAAGCUGCUUUCUUUCAUCCCCAAAAGCGGCGGCACGUCCCCCCCUGUGGCUAUCGUUCCCCCCGCAACCCAGGAGCCCGCUACUGAGAAAAGGUUUUCCCUGCAGUCUCUGAUGCCUUUCCAAUCAUCAGAAUCCAUUCGGCAACCUGAAGCAAGCCAGGCGUCUACUAUUACAGAGGCACAAGGUGGUCCCCAGACCACUUCUGGUUUAGAAUCUGUGCUGGGCAGGCUUAGUCCUAUGAGGCUGUUUUCCAGCACACCACCAUCAAGAGAACCAUCCCCAUCAAGAGAGUCUUCCCCUCAAGCAUCAGAACAACAACAACGCACACCAGCUGCCAGCAAUGACCCUGUAACUCCUGUCCCAAGUCCCAAUGAUGAUUCACAAGCACAGCCGAGACCAAAUUCUGGGAGUGGAUCAGUUGAGCUCUCUCCAGAUACAGGAAGUGGAUCAGUAGAGCUUCUUCCAGAGACGGAAUCUUCGGGUGAACUAGCGGAUAUUCAGCAUACAACUGCCAUGUUUCCAGAACCAAAACCGGAAACCUCGCAAGAAGAUACAGGCUUGCUUGGUCCAUUUAGGAAGUCUCUCUCCAUUUUGAUAUCCACAAAUCCCCCUGAAAGCUCCCCAAACAGCCCCAAACCGGCAGAAGAAUCAUUUAUAAGUGGCAAACUCAAGAUCCCGUUCUUCUCCUCUGAAGAUUCUCCCACUGCAAGCCAAGUAAAACCCGAGGGAGGGGUUUUUUCUGGGCUUCUUAAGUUUUCCACCAAGGAGGAAACCGGUGUACAGCCAAGGAGUCCAUCCCCGAGUCCUGGGAGAACGCCUUCGCCGACCCGCGUGGCACUACUUGAAAGCACCCCGAAAGGAAAUACUGAAACAGGCUGGUUUUCAAACCUAUUCAAAGUGACUCAAAGUGAACCGGCUAAGAAACCCACAAAGGCUCCAGUGACCCCCAGUGUGACACUCACCAAACCUAGCGGCCUAACGGAACCACACACUGAGCAAUCAGAGGGUUCUGCCGGCGGGAGUGACACAUUGUCGGUCCGUAACCCCCAGAGUCUGAGUGAUGUCCAAAAUAAAGAUCGUUUAGAAUCAAAACCAGAAACGACACAGCCUCAAGGGUUUUUAUCUGGGUUCUUAAAACUUGGCCCCUCAGAGGAGUCUAAACAAACCCAAGGAGGGGACAAUCACCCUCAACAUGGAGGACUCUUUUCAGGGAUAUUUUCCUCACCGCCUCCACCUUCACCUCAGACACAGAACCCUGCGACUCAACCAUCGGCAGGACUCUUAUCAGGAUUCUUAAAAUUUGCCUCUGACAACAUGUCGGCUCCUACAAAUCAGCCGUCGGCAACAGAGCCACAAAACCAAUCUGUCCAGGUAUCUGGUCAAGGACAAGCUGCAGAUGCGCAACCCCCUAUUGGUGGACUGUUGUCUGGGCUCUUGAAAAAAGCCACUGACUCGGUUACUCAGCCUUGUCAGGAAGUCCAACCAGAUGUGGCAAAUGAAAUGACUAAAAUGAAUGAAAAUAUCCAAACUUUACCUCAAGGGACACCUUCAUUGCAAAGUUCUCCCUCUGACAAGCUGGGCCAUCAAAUAGAAGUUACCUCAGAUCAACCACAAACAUUACCAGCAAAAACCUCAGCGGCAACACCACAGCCACCGAAAGGACCUUCGGCAACCCAAGCUGCUCAGUCAACCAAUCAACAGUCAAGUAAUUUGCUGUCUGGGCUUUUUAACAAGAUUGUAGAACCUACCACUGCAUCAUCUCAGCCACAGUCAGCAACCCCUUCAGCAACCCCUCAGCAAGGUGGCUUCCUUUCAAGCCUGUUUGGAAUUGGGAGCCAGGAAACAGCCCCUGAAAGUUUACAGAACCAGCCACAUAGUGGCACACCUAGCUCUAAACCAUCUCAGCAACCGGGCAUCAGGCCCAACUUGCACAGGCAAAACCAAAUCACAUCACAGCAGCCCACAAGCACUCCUGCAGGGACACUCACUGGAUUUUUUAGCAAAAUUGCAGAUGUGGCAACACCACCGACAGCUGCUCCACCAGGUACUCAACAAGAUCAGCAAAAAACACAAAUGGCAGGCACUAAGACGAACCAGCAACUUCCUAAUCAACAAGGCGGUUUCUUGUCUGGACUCUUUUCAAGUCCUACGACUCAAAUCCAGCAGCAACAGCAGAAGCAGCAACAACCAUCUGUGAGUCCUUCCAACAGGCAGCCACUGCGAAGGCAAAGCCAGAUACCCCAACAGCCGGCUACCCCUGUGACUGAGCCACAACAAAGCGGGUUGUUGUCAGGGCUGUUUAGUAAAUUAACCACCGAUAACGCACCACAACAACAGACCUCACAAGGCGGACUUCAACAGCAGGGUAAAUCAAACGCUGCUGGAUCUCAACAAAAUGCAAAGCCACCUGGUAACCAGGGAGGAUUUCUGUCUGGGCUGUUAAGUCAAAAAGUGUCUCCACAGCAGCAACCACUGGGAAAAAGUUCUCAACCUGCCACGUCGGAACAACCCAGUCAAGGUGGAGGUUUACUUUCAGGCUUUCUGAAGCUUGCAUCUGGUGAGAGUGUACCUCAGGAACAUCAAGCACCUAAAACUGAAGGCGGUCCAGCGCCAUCAGAAUCGGGUGGCUUACUUUCUGGCCUGCUCAACAAAAUCUCCGUUCAUGUGGAGCCAACGUCGUCUACAGCUGACCUGGCAAACAGUCAAACAAUGCAGCAGCAGCAGCGGCAGCAGCAUCCACCACGUGCGGAACAAGGAUGUCCACAGAUUCAGAGAACAAAACCAGUGGAAAUACAUUCUGCACCUGAUGUGGUGGGAGAGAAGGACUCCAAAGAUCAAAAGGGAUUCCUCUCAGGUCUGUUCAAUGCCGUAGACGAGUCAUCUUCAAAAGCCUCAAUUUUUGUAAAGAGUGACACAAAGUCAUCCAACACCAGUAGCACAUCUACUGCAUUGCUGUCGAGCAUUUUUAACAGCUCCCCCGGCGACAAGCACACUUCUGCUCAGGAAAAAGAACCAGAAAAAGGCCUUCUUAACCGUUUGUUGCCAAACACUAAAGAGGAUACCACUUCGAGUACAGCAGCAGUCACAUAUUCUUCUCUUACAGUUUCAACGGGUGUCAAUCACGCAAGAGAGUCUCCGCCGCAGGUUGCGAAAGUUCCCACGGUGUCCCCCACCCAGCUUUACCUUGAGGAAAUUCAGCGUCUCUUGUACGGGACGGCAGGAGAGUACGGCUACAAGGACCUUUUGUACAACUUCACGGAGCACGGUGUAAUUCCACCCGAGCUCUAUGAGCACCAGUGUCUCAUCGAAGCUCUCCUGUGGCAGCAGCUUAACGACUAUGCUCUCACCGAGGCUCUUGCCGCUCAAGCUCAUGAAAGCUACAGCGAAGGCCGACCACCAUCCGCAGGCGUAGGCAAAGCGCCCAACUGGGAGAGUCACGCUUGGCCUAGUCCUAAAGAAAUGGAUAUCGGGCAUUUUAAUGUUCCAUCACAUCCAUGGAAGGAUUCUGCCACCCAGCCUUUUGAGAGGAGAAAUCGCUUCCUGGAACAAGAUGAAGACCUAGUUUUGUUUGAUAUGACCUGCAGGGAUAAGAUGCCAUGGACCAGCUGUGACCACUUAGAUAAACUUGGCGAGAAGCGCCAACCCUGGAUUACACAAGGAGGGGGUCUAAAUCUGUCUAGCCGAAAGUCAAGAAGCGGUCUAAACCGAAGUCAGUCUCUCUCAGAGUUUAACUAUGUAGCAGAGAAGGCAGCAACUUUCAACGAUGUAACUCUCAAUGACUUUAGUUUGAAGUCAGCGACAGACUUUUUAAAACAACUCUCCACCAAAAAAGGUCCAAUGGAUCUAACGCGUAGUGCCGUGGAUUUGAGCAGAGCAGCUGGGGCCUCAUUGCUCAGCGAGGAUGAAAUGCUUUUUGAGGACUCAGAAUGGUACCACCAAUGGCUGUCAUUGCUGGAUCAAGGGCUCUGGUGGCCAGCAGAAGCUGGGGACUGCGGAUAUUAUGUGUACACCAACGAAGACUUUAUUUAUUCUCUAUUGACUGACAGAGCUGGUAAACACCUUUAUGCCUGUGCCGCACCGGAAGACUUACAGAGACUCAGUAACAUUACAGAGAAUAUCGCAAACAUUUUGACCCACAAAGAAAAGGAAAAAAUAACCUUGUGUGGUUUUAAAAUUCCCCUCUGCCCAGAAGAAAAAGCUCCUAGGUUUCCAGAACAAUUGCACAUCAGAUCGGGGCUACCGGAUGCUCCGGAGGAUCUCACCUCAGCUCUACAUAAGGGUGAAAAAAUCAUGAACAUGAACUUGGAAAGUUUCUCUCAGAUGUUUCAGGAGUCCCUAUCUUCUCAGUUCGAAUCCCCCGUGGACUUCACGGUGUAUAAACUAAAGAAAAUCACAGUGAGAGCAGAAGAAAACCUUUACAGCAACGACCAGCCUCCAUUGAAAGCCACCGAUUUGACAGUAAACUCUUCCAAAGCGGAGCAUGGAGGACCAUACUGGCUGAAUCAAGGGGUGAAAAACAUGCCUACAUACUCAAAUCCACCCUCCGUAAAGUCCCACAAGCCAAUAUCUCCCAAGAAGCAUCACCAGAUCCCUGAAAUUAGGAUUGGACAUGUCGUUGAUGCACCCGUGGACCAAUCUGAACCAAAAACAAGCUCUGUCGUCUCCAGAGGAAACUUUUCCAAGCCAACUGGCACUCAAGUGACAAAUUCUCAUUCGCUUCCAUCCUCAACAACUGCGUCACCUUGCAAUCUUUCCUCAACUGUUGCCAGGAGCCUUCCCCAGACUCCAUCAGCAUCAAAGGUAGCUGAACCCAUGCAAAAACAACUCCCCCCUUCAGGAAAUGUUACCCCUGUCACUUCAGCUCCUUCAUCACCAGUAGCUUCAGCGGCUUCAACCACUAUGUCUUCUUCUCAGAGACCUCGACUAGCAAGACAGCCCUCUCAGACAGACAAGCCCAGAGAAUCACCACAAACCACCAAGACUUCAGGCUCUGGGAUUGGCAAUGCCAGCAGAAUCCACUCCGCUAAUACUCCAGCUCCCAUUCUGAAAGAUUCACACAAAGAACCGCCACAGUUACACAUCCUGAAUCCCUGCGCUAAUGAUGAAGUUAAACUUUUCAACAGGAACCGUUAUUUUGGCUCAACUGGCCAUCAGUCAGGGCACAAAGUUUUAGAUUUUUCCACUGCAAGCAAUAAGAUCAAACCUUCAACAGAAAAAGAUCUGCAAACUGAAGCUUUGAAGCAAAAAUUAGAGGUUGUUGACUUUUCCAAACACAAGUUGAAAAGAUCUAAGGAAUCGGAGGUAUCCAUAGUUACCGACCGGUCAUCGCAACAGACCCGUGUCGACAAGGGAAGAGCAAGCAUUACCUCCACUAAAUACCCAUCUAAUGAAAACCAGGAGAUUACCACGCCAGCAAACUUGUUCAAAUCCGUACUAGAUAUGUCUGCAAAGACCGCAGCUCAGCCAAAGUUGCAAAAUAUCGAGACAAAUCAAGUGGGAUGUUCCCCCCAGGUUGGAUCAUUUGCAUCCUCCUCACUUCAACGAAGCCCUGUUCCAAAGCAAUUACACUUUGGCGAAAAGCAGCCGAAUCCCACUUUUAACUUUCAGAGGCAACCGUGUGGAGUCUUAGGAGCAGAUUAUUUGGCACAUCAGGCUCGCGUCAACAGCAGGAGAGCAUCAUCCUUUGAAAACCAAUACACUGCCCCCGCCAAUUUAGUCAAAGCGGUAGAAGACAUGUCUUCUAAGUUGGCAAAAUCCCCAUCUAAAGGAGACAACAAUAUGUCACGAGACUCAGAGCUGACCACUGAAGCACUUGCACUGACUAAGAGAAAACAUGUCAGUCUGGAGAGAAAACACCAGACUCAUCAGGAGUCUCUUGACUUAUCAUACAGAGAACUAACAGAGGUCUUAGGAUAUCCUCUUCCUGCUGAUUCUCAUGAAAACCAUGAAAAACAGUCCGCUAUGAGAGAUGAUAUUCAAAGAUACCGGGUCCCGUCACAUCCGCGGCGUUCUUCCGACCAAUCCCCUGAGCAAGCCUCAGCACCUGCCAAUUCCAUCAAGGCUGCACUUGACAUGUCUUCGAAACCAACAGGCUUGAAAACGGUACUCGACUCGAGAGCGGACGAAGUUCUGACCAAAGGAAUUCCCUUAACCAAAGGAAAAGCAAACGACCGCCAAAUGGCACGCAAUAAUUCUCUCGGCCUUGCGCUAAUCAAAGACCUUCCCUCUCAAGAAUCCUUUGAGUGGAUUCAUUGUCAAGAACAGCAGAAAGCAGUUCCCCUCCCACCUCUGUUAAAAUAUUCAGACGCUGUAUUACCAGCUAUGCUCCUUGCACCCACCUCAGUGAUUUCCACUGCGGGAGGUCCACUGGAUAUGUCACCCAAGCCACCUGGCAGCACAUCAAUAAGCGCCACAGUGCCUUCAUCCGAGCUUCAUGACGCCAUUUCACUUAUUAAUAAGCCUAGUGCACGAGCAAUAGCCAGGAAGGACUCUGUUGGCCUUCCACUCAUAGUAGAACUAGAAUCCACAUACCAUAAGAUACCUCCAGCCGAAUCGCAACAAAGAAGGGUCGCCCUGACUGAUCUUGACACAACAGAGACACUCCAGAGUCAUAUAUCCAACUGCCAUACCAAUGACCCUUUGUGCUUCACAUACAAGCAAGUCCAGCAAGCACGCAAACCAUUGGACUUUUCUAUAAAAAACAGCGUCAACAGAAUAAAUAUUUCUGAUAUUUGCGCCGAACAAGAAGAUGGAGUGCCUGUAAAUUACAUUGUUAAUGUAAGGAAAGAAUCCUUAGAAAGAGAACAAACUGGUCAAAUCAAAAAGAAGUUGUUGCAAGGUUUAGUGGACCUGACUGUGGAUACUCAAAAUAAGACCACAAAUAGUCAAAGUCAGAGUGCGAACGAUCCUUCCUCGCCUCCUUUGUAUCUAAGCUGCCUUUGCCAGCAACAGGUGUACACAAGAGCUUACGCCCCUCAACAAAUCUUUCGAUACUCACCCUCUGAUCACACUACUUCUCAACCAGGUAUGACUGACCUUUCAGGAACACACCAAGCAAACUUUGGACAAAAUUCCAAAAUUCAAGCUGAGCUCGACGGCCCAUCCUCCAAUAGCACAUAUCACAAAGCCAGUACAAGAAGUUUUCAAGUCAAAACACUUGAGCAAAUACAUCCAAAAAUAACACAAACCAACCUUGUAGGCUACAUGGCACCUGUAGAUUCAGCUACGUCACUAUCAAUGGUGACAAUGUUGCAAAGACAAGAUCCAAGUGUUCCUGCAGAACCCCAAAUUCUCAACAAACAGGGUAACUUGGAGGAAAGCCCCAGACAAAGUGUCACAGGAAGUAACCAAAAGCCAUCCGUUACCCAGGAACAUCACAUUAAGGAAACGAUCAAGACCUCUCAGCCUUUGAAUUGUCAGUCAUCACCUGUGUCGGUUGUUAUUCAAGUCUCGGAAAAACGACAAGAUUCAUUGAAUUCUGUGGAUACGCAACCUUUGGUGAAAACAAUGCCUGCUCUAUUAUCAGAUCAGCCUGACACUAGACAAUAUCCCGCUAUUAUGCAUCAAAGUCAGAAACCAAAUGUACCUUCAACUGCUACCAGUUCUACCCAGCUUACGACAGGACUUACCAACCUUGUCUCCCAACCCAUGGCCUCAAGAUACAAGCCCUUAAAACAAACGAGGGAGCAAAGUUUUAAACCUGAUCUCCAAACAGUAGAACAGGGUAUUAGACCAAAACUUCAAAGACAGGAAGUUAUGCCUUCAUCCCAAUCAGGAGCUUCUUCUGUCAAGGGGUCAGUUUCAUUGUUCAGUAAUAUAGGUCCCCAUGUCACUGAAAAUGAAACAGGAGUAACACCCCACCCCACUAUAACCGGGUCUGCACCUGUGGAAGAAAAAUCUCAGGUUACACCUAUUGAGCUUGUUUAUGGUAGCCAUGUUUCACCUUCCCCAUUGGUAGCUAGUACCUCACCAUCUGAAGCUGCAAGCCCGCUGAAAGAUCUGCCUCCGCUACCAUCACUCAUUUUGGAAUCACAUCACAUCAUGGAUAGUUUCACAUCCAGUGGCUUGACCCAUCAAGAAUCUGUGACAUCAUCCACUGUCAAUGUUCAGCAAGCCCAAAAAACACAAAAAUCAAGUAUACCAAUAUCAGAAUCUUUAUCUAAUGAACCAGGCAACACCACACCUUCCAAAGUCACUCUCAAUAGAGACACCACAGUGGAACCCUCACCUAAAUUGUCUGAAGAUUUGUCAGAAACUAUGCCACAAGAACCCAACACAAAAUCCCCAAAACUAAGUACUGGAAGUGACCAAUCGCAGGAAGAAAUAAGCCUACCCAGAUCAAUUUACAUUGGCAUUAAUGUUUCAGACACGUUGCCUGUUGAUCAACUAAUGGAUCCAAGUGAACCAAGACAGUAUGUCAGACUACCCCAUAUAUUUGUCUCUGCUGCAAGUUCACCAGAAGAUGAGUCGACUGAAGAUGUAUCCAAAGAAGUCAGGGCUGAAGAAGGUAUCACUGAAACUGUGACAGCCCCCACAGAGUGUGGGAAAGAUUCUGAACCUGAUAUGUCUUUGGACGAUAGAGCUACGGAUGCCAUGAGCAUAGAGACCACACCCUGUUUACCCAAGAGGUUACUGCUGAUAAAUGAGUCGAAUGCAGAUGACCAGGGAAAGAAACAUUCCCUCCCAGAAGCCUUUGUUUCAGAAGAAGAUCUCAAAGCAGACACCCAUGUCGUUUGUGAACCACCCGUUGAGAAACCACUUGCACAAUUUGAAAAAGAUGAGCCACCUAAUGACCGGACAGCAUCAACCCUCGAACCAGAAGAAAGUACAGAACCUCCUCGCGAUGAGAAGAGAACAACUUCAGAAAUUGUAUCACCCGACAUCGAAUUUCACGAUAAACUGAUCGAACCACCGUUGGAUAUAAAACCCUCUGAAGACGUCCAACAUCUUGACGGCAAUACAGAAAAGGAUGCUUCUUUUCCUACUUCUCAAGUCAGUUCUGUCAAAGAACCUUCCAAGGAAGAUAGUCCAGUAGCCGAGCUUGGUCAACUGCCCAACGAACAACAAGGAAAGAGUUUAUUGUCCAUGUUGGGCACCUCUAAUGCAAUUCCAGAGCCGACUGCUUCCCAAUCUGGAAUGUCAAUACUUGAAAGUAUCCUCCCUAGUUCAACUACCAAAGAUAUAGCUGGGACUGAAUUACUCUCAAUGUUUGGUGGGUCUUGUAUCCCAACGUGCCCUGAAACCAAAGGACCGGUACCUUCUUCAACUUCACAAGAACGACAAGGAAAAGGUUUACUCUCAAUGUUUGGUGGGUCAAAUGUCCCAUCUUCUUCUGAAACCAAUGAACAGUCGUCUUUAACCUCACAAGAACCACAAGGAAAAGGUUUACUCUCUAUGUUUGGUGGGUCAAAUGCCCCAGCAUCCACUGAAACUAAAGGACCCUUACCUCAGUCAACCACACAUGAGUCACAAGGAAAAGGACUACUCUCAAUGUUUGGUGGGUCAAAUAUCCCAUCUUCUUCUGAAACCAAUGGACAGUCGUCUUUAAUCUCACAAGAACCACAAGGAAAAGGUUUACUCUCUAUGUUUGGUGGGUCAAAUGCCCCAGCAUCCACCGAAACUAAAGGACACUUACCUCAGUCAACCACACAUGAGUCACAAGGAAAAGGACUACUCUCAAUGUUUGGUGGGUCAAAUGCCCCAGCAUCCACCGAAACGAAAGGACCCUUACCUCAGUCAACCACACAUGAGUCACAAGGAAAAGGACUACUCUCAAUGUUUGGUGGGUCAAAUGCCCCAGCAUCCACCGAAACGAAAGGACCCUUACCUCAGUCAACCACACAUGAGUCACAAGGAAAAGGACUACUCUCAAUGUUUGGUGGGUCAAAUGCCCCAGCAUCCACCGAAACGAAAGGACCCUUACCUCAGUCAACCACACAUGAGUCACAAGGAAAAGGACUACUCUCAAUGUUUGGUGGGUCAAAUGUCCCAGCAUUCCCUGGAACCAAAGGACCGUCUGCUUCUUCAACUUCACAAGAAACACGAGGAAAAAGUUUACUCUCAAUGUUUGGUGGGUCAAACAGCCCAGCAUCCCCAGGAACCAAAGGACCAUCAACUUCUUCAAACUCACAUGAAUCACAAGGAAAAGCUUUGUUCUCAAUGUUUGGUAGCACAAGUAGUAAUCUAUCAAGUGGACCAAGAGGUCCUAUUGCUGGAAGUGUGCCACCAAGAGGUCCUCCACCUAAAGAACCUCCAGGAAAAACCUUGUUUUCCAUGUUCGGUGGACCUGCCCCCCAGCAGGGGCCAAGUCCAAGAGGUCCUCCUCCAGCUACUACUCGUUCUGCUUUAUUUGGCAGUUUGCUCCAAGGUACCUCCAACAAAGAAAGCCCAGGUACAGGCCUGUUCUCCAAGCUUGGGAGCCCCAGUGCAUUGACUCAGAGUGGACCAAGAAUGCCUGCAGCAGGAGGACAAACAGAACCAACAGAACUCAAAUCUUCAGAGCCCCCUGGAAAAGGACUGUUCUCUAUGUUUGGUGUACAAAACCAGCAGAAUCAGGCACCUGAGUCAGACAGCGGUUUCAAAGCACCUUCUGUGUCCUCUCUCGGAGGGACUGCUGAUAGAAACAAAACCAAAACUGAGAUUGGGAUGUUUGCAAUAUCUUUCACAGAGGAAUCCAAAAAAGAGUCACAAUUAAUUGUUCUUGGGAAGGGGUGUCAUACUACAGGUGAAGAUGAAACAAAACAAGCUCUCCUAACAGAGCCUAGCCAAAGUGAAGACGUAAAACCCCAAGAAACGAAAGAGGCUCUUGAGACGCAACCUAGCCCAACUGAAGACACAAGUCAUUCUGAGGACUUGAUUAAUGUUGAUCCUAAGUCCCAGCCUUCACACCCAGAUGUUAUUUUGACUGAAAAGGAAUAUGAAGAUCUACAAGACUACACCAAGAAAACAUUUGACAAUACUGGUACAGGAACAGAAGAACACAUCACUGAUGGAAUCCCACCGUGUGCUGAAAAUGACUCUGAUGUAGGGUUAGAUGCACAAAAGUUAAUUCGUGUACUAGAGAGUGACACUAUACACAUAAAAGAAGUUGUGGUUUUAGACAACCAAUUGAGUGGAGACGACAACAAGCAAGUAGGUGAAUCAGAGAUGAGAGCAGAAACCACCAGAAGCUCUUUAGUCUUAAACAUAAAAGACGCUGUCAAAAACGAAUCUGAAACUAAGACUUGCGGUGAUCAUGCCAGAGCUGACAUGAUUGUGGUGGAGCAUUUGCAACCUGGUAUUGAAGCCAUACCAAUUCCUGAGCCACAAAAACAACAGAAACCUGGAGAAGGAAUCCCAGAUAUUCUCAGUACAUAUGAAGACCCACACACUCAGCAAUCAGAUCUGAAAGAACAAGCAGUAGAUGGAGAAAAAACAGCUGGUGAUUCAUCUGGCGUUUCUACUGAUACGGGUCUUACAGAGAUGGAGGAAGCAACUGCAGUUAAAGCAGAGGAGCCCACGACAGAACCAUUGGCUUCACUCACACCCUCAGAAAUGCCAGUGUGUGCGAAGGAGCCAGGUAAGGCAGAGCCUUCACUAAAACUGCCAUUUGGACCAGACCCACCUUUUGAUGGUUCUGUUUCAGUGGUCUUGGCAACCGCUGAGGACACAGUUCCUGGAAUAAACCCACCAAAAAUCAUGCCUUUAGACACAGUGCACAUUAAGGGUCCUGAUUUACCUCCACAACAGCCCACACCGAGACCUCUCUCAGGUAGGCCAUCUGUUUCGCAAGCACAAAGAAUGGGAGGACCCCCACAGACGGAGGGAUCGAAAAUGCCUCGGCCCACACCACCAGGACCUCAGAAGUCCUCUGAGCCGACUCCGUUUUCUGGAUUCAUGUCUAUGUUCUCCAACAAUUCGAGCGCUCAAAGUAAACAGGCAACUGUUGGUGCUUUCUUCUCAAGCUCACCUGGUUCUCUCUUUGGGUCAGCUACUUCUCGACAACAGGAAAAAACACAGCACCAAUCACAAAAAAGCUCAUUUUUUGGCAUUUCAAGUAGCAUUGCCCCCGAAUCCCUUACAGGAGACAUUCUCAGUAUGUUCAAGGGUCCCGAAGCAACCAAAUCUGAGGGACCUCAACCUUCAUCUGAAAAGACUAAAGAAUUUGUGAAGACAACAGAGGACUCCAUCCUUGAAAAGGGUUCAGUCGAGGAAGCGGAACAUGCAUAUAAGGAAGACGCCAAGGAAAGUCUUAACGUUGAACAAGAUGGGGAAGUUUCCGAAAAAACGUUAGAACAAGAAGAUCAUGCUCAGGUGUCUGACAAAACAAUGUCACUUCCUCCCCCGGAAGCCCAAGACACUGCACCAGAGACCAAAACCACUUUUGAAACACCAAACCCUCCUGCACCUAAAUUUGGCUUUUUAUCUGUCGCUACUGAAGGAACAUCAUCAAUCGGAUCCUUCUUCUUGUCCUCUACACCGCCAACUGUAGAUUCAAAACCAUCUCAGCCCCCACAGACAGAGGGGGGGCUCUUUUCUGGUUUUAAAAGUCUCUCGGUAGGCAUUUUCCAGGAUGAGAGGCACUCAACAAAGGAAGAAUCAUCAUCACUUUUUGGCGGGAAACUUGGUUCGAUGUUCGGAACUUCCGAUUCUCCCAAGUCUGCUGUCGUCACUGCCCAACUGCAGCCCCAAAGUCCGACACCCGCCGAGGAAGUGGACAAACUCUCCCAAGGCUCAGAAGACACGAAGAGCAACACGCCGAGUGGGACUUCCAAAACCGAGAGCUGCGACAGCCUUGCUGAGUCACCGCAGACGGGACUUGCUUCCGAGUCAGUGUCCCUUGCUGAAUGUUUGGAUGAAGAUCAGGUACGAGUGAUUCCGUGUGAGGAAGAUGUCAACGUGGCUACGCCACAGAACGCCGAGCCCUCGAAGAGCCUUCUGACGCAAGAAACUGCCCCAAGCAGUCGCUUGGACUCGUCGGGCAACCUCAGUCCCAGCAGCUCCCAGCUCAGCUCCGAAGCCGAGUCGGGCCAACCCCCGGAGGGACACCUCCACCCACCUCUCCAGGACGAGGCGGACAAAGACGAGUUGAGGCACACCGCCACCCUGCCAUCCAAAGCCAUCUGGGACAGCCCUGACAACGAGACCAGGACUCACAUCAGCGUGCAGUCGGACCAGCCUCCUCUGUGUUCUCCUUCCAAGAUCCGCUGGCUCAAAGCAUACUACAAAGUCAGGGCCAAGCUCCUCCUGAGCCAAGACGGCGACCUGGGCGGGCGGCCGUGGACCGGGCCGAGGGAAAACGCACCGUUUGGCAUUGACAGCAUGCCGGACCUCCCAAAGCGAAGGCCCGUUGCUCUCGUCAGUGAAGUGGCUAUGACCAUGCUGCAGUCCAGGAAGGCCGGUCUGUCCCACACGUUGGCCAUGAGGAGCUCCCUCAAAGACAAAGAGCUGAAGGGCCACGUGUACAAGAAGACACUUCAGGCUCUCAUCUACCCCAUCUCCUGCACCACUCCGCACAACUUUGAGGUGUGGACCGCCACCGCGCCCACCUACUGCUAUGAGUGCGAGGGGCUGCUGUGGGGCAUCGCCCGGCAAGGCAUGCGCUGCGCCGAGUGUGGCGUCAAAGUUCACGAGAAGUGCCAGGAGCUGCUCAACGCCGACUGCCUGCAGCGAGCCGCCGAGAAGAGCUCCAAGACUGGAGCGGAGGACCGGACUCAACACAUCAUCAUGGCCAUGAAGGAUCGGAUGAAAAUUCGCGAGAGGAACAAGCCGGAGAUCUUUGAGGAGAUUCGCCGAGUGUUCGACAUUUCCAGGACGCUCCACAACCAGCACAUGAAGACCAUCAAGCAAAAUAUCCUGGACGGGACCUCCAAGUGGUCAGCCAAGAUCACCAUCAACGUUGUGAGUGCGCAGGGGCUCCAGGCCAAGGACCGGACCGGAUCCAGUGACCCGUACGUCACCAUUCAAGUGGGCAAGACCAAGAAGAGGACCAAGACCAUCUACGGCAACUUGAACCCAGUCUGGGAGGAGAAAUUCACCUUCCAGUGCCCCAACUCGUCGGACCGCGUGAAAGUGCGUGUGUGGGACGAGGACGACGACAUCAAGUCGCGGGUGAAGCAGCGGCUGAAGAGGGAGUCGGACGACUUUCUGGGCCAGAGCAUCAUCGAGGUCCGAACGCUCAGCGGCGAAAUGGACGUCUGGUACAACCUGGAAAAGCGAACCGACAAGUCAGCGGUGUCGGGUGCCAUUCGCCUCCAGAUCAGCGUGGAGAUUGAAGGCGAGGAAAAGGUGGCGCCGUACCACGUGCAGUACACCUGUCUCCACGAGAACAUUUUCCACUUGGUGACGGACGUGGAGGGCACCGGCACGGUCAAGUUCCCGGUGGCGCAGGGAGACGACGCCUGGAAGGUUUAUUUUGAUGAAUUGCAGCAGGACUUGGUGGAUGAGUUUGCCAUGAGAUACGGCGUCGAGCCCAUCUACCAGGCCAUGACCCACUUCUCGUGCUUGUCGACCAAGUACAUGGUGUCGGGCGUGCCGGCCGUGAUGAGCAUGCUGCUGGCCAACAUCAACGCCUUCUACGCGCACCCCAGCGCCACCACCGCCAACGCCUCCGCACCCGCCAGCUUUGCCGCCUCCAAUUUCGGACGGGAUCGUUUUGUCAAGCUUUUGGAUCAGCUCCACAAUUCCCUGAGGAUUGACCUCUCCAUGUACCGAAACAAUUUUCCGGCAAGCUGCAAGCCCCGCCUCCAGGAUCUCAAGUCCACGGUGGACCUCCUCACCAGCAUCACCUUCUUCAGGAUGAAGGUUCUGGAGCUGCCGAGCCCCCCCAGGGCAUCGUCGGUAGUCCGCGAUUGUGUCAAGGCCUGCCUCAACUCCACCUACGAGUACAUCUUCAACAACUGCUUGGAGCUCUUCAACCGCCAGUUCCAGACCGCCGCUCCCACCCCUGAGCCAGAAAAGAAGAAGAAGAAGAAGAGGGAAAAAGUAGAGGGUCAGGAGAAGGAGGAAGAAGAAGAAGAGGAGGAGGAGGGGGAAGAAGAAGAAGAGGAGGAAGAGAAAAAAGAGGAGAGCCAGGCGCCAGAGGAGCAAGGCCCGAGCAUUCAGAAUCUGGACUUCUGGCCCAAACUCAUCACGCUUCUUGUGUCCAUCAUCGAGGAGGACAAGAAUUCUUACACGCCCAUCAUCAAUCAGUUUCCUCAGGAGCUGAACGUGGGGAAAGUCAGCGCUGAGGUGAUGUGGACACUGUUCACGCAGGAUGUCAAGUACGCUCUGGAGGCUGCAGCUCCCAGCACCUUCCGCAUCCGCAGAGUAUACUUCCAGGAUGAGCACAAUCAUCAUCGUCUGUGCAAGCUUUCAGACUACAUGAACCUUCACUUCAAGGUCAAGUGGCUCUACAACGAGUACGUGUCAGAUCUUCCCGCCUAUGCCGACGCCAUUCCCGAGUACCCUUCGUGGUUCCUGCCUUUCGUUCUGGCUUGGCUGGCUGAGAAUGAGGACGUUUCCAUGGACUUUAUGCAUGGAGCGCUGGAGAGGGACAAGAGGGAAGGAUUCCAGUCGACGUCGGAGCACGCGUUGUUCUCCUGCUCGGUGGUGGACAUUUUCACGCAGCUCAACCAAAGCUUUGGGAUCAUCCUCAAGCUGGAGUGCCCCAACCCCAGCGUGCUGGCUCACUACAACAAACGAUUUGCCAAGACCAUCAGCUGUGUGCUGCUGCAGUACUGCGCCCUGCUGGCCAAAAACUUUCCAUCCUACUGCGGCAAGGAAAAGAUCCCCUGCGUGCUGAUGAACAACAUCCAGCAGAUGCGAGUCCUUCUGGAGCGGAUGUUCGAGUCCAUGGGAGCAAAGCAGUUCACAGUUGAGGAAGAGAGGUUGGAGAAAGAGGAAGAGGAGGAGUUUAAUGAUGAGGCCAACAGUGACAUUGAAAGCGCUGAUAAUGACGGGUCGGGCUGCUCGGACUCGGAAGGCUCGGAGGCUGAGAAGAAAGACAAAGAGAAGCAGUUGGACACGGAGGCUGCUGACAUCCUGAACGAGCUGCAACUGCACCUCAACGGCGUACUUGACAACUUCAGCAGCGUCUUUGCCACGAGUUUACAGGCGCGCAUCAGCGCGUGCAUGCGGCAGAUGUCGGAGCUGCUGUGCCAGAUGAGGGGCCCCCCGAACCCCGACACGGCCGAGGGUGACGCCGACGCCAUGUUGAGGCCGCUCAUGGACUUCCUGGACGCCAACCUGAGCGUGUUUGCGGACGUGUGCGAGAAGGCGGUCCUCAAGAAGAUCCUGAAGGACUUGUGGAAGGCCGUCCUGAGCGCUCUGGAGAAGAACAUUGUGUUGCCACAGAGCAACGAUAGUCUGGGUGCGCAGAUCUUCACUGCUGCCAAAGGACUCUCCAACCUCAAGGGCGGCGGUGAGGCUAAAACGCUGACUCCCAAGCAGUGCGCCGUGGUGGACGCGAGCCUGGAGAGCCUCAAGCAAUAUUUCCACGCUGGCGGAAAUGGCCUGAAGAAAUCUUUUGUGGAGACAAGUCCCGAGUUGUCGUCCCUGCGUCAAGCUUUGUCGCUUUACUCGCAGAGCACGGACUCCCUCGUCAGGACUUUCGUCACCACGCAGCGGGAACAAGUGCACAACGGAACGGGCAUCCGAAUCACAGCCAAUGAAAAGGUUCGACCUGAUCGAGGCUCAGGAGUGGAGAACCCAAUCGGCGAAGUGGUGCUGCAGGUGGACCUGCUUGCCAAGGAACGCAAAGUCGGCGUCAAAGUGAUCGGCGUCAACGACCUGCGCUGGCGGACGUCCGGAAUGUUCCGCCCCUUCGUGGAAGUUUCUCUGCUGGGGCCGGCGCUGGCUGACAAGAAGCGCAAGUUCACCACCAAGUCCAAGAACAACUGCUGGAGCGCAAAGUUCAACGAGAGCUUCCAAUUCACGUUGGGCAAAGAGGGAGUCGAGUGCUACGAGUUGCAGGCCUCGGUCAAGGACUACUGCUUUGGGCGGGCCGAUCGCGUGGUGGGCGUGUCCGUGCUGCAACUGCGCGACCUGGCCGGGCGCCGCGCCUGCGUCUGCUGGUGCCCCCUGGGUCCUGCCGUCCACGCCGACCAGACCGGCACCACUGUGCUGCGCAUCCUGGCCCAGCGGCCCAAUGACGACGUGGCCAAGGAGUUCGUCAGGAUCAAGUCGGAGUCGCGGCCCCCCGAGGAGGGCAGUUGAACGGGGAACCGGAUGCCUUCCCAAUGUGGUCUGCCAAAGGCCCGAAACGAGGACUGGCCUAGAAGUCUGGAGAACUAUUGUGUGUUGGGACUGCAGCAAUUACUUUCGGCAAGUCCAGGAACUGCAAUUACCAAAAACUAAGAAGCUCCUGUAACUUGAGGUGGGCUGGAACAUUAAAUACCGUCAUGUCCGCAUUCAGGCCUAGCAAAUUUAUUACAUUCUUACAAAAUGCAAAUUCUGUUGUUUACAAACAUUUUGAUUUCUGUUGUCAGAAAAAGCUAAACGCUAGCUUAUUAGCUUCAAUCUGUGCUCUUACGUCUCGUACCUUGAAGGGCGAGCGUUUUGCUGCCAUUUUGUCGGUGGAAAAUAACGCAGUAACGCACGAGCGCUUUGAAAUGUCAUUUGAUGACAAAGAAAGGAUGAGUUUCCGUUCAUUGCAAAAAAGAAAGGAAAAAGAACGGCCGUACCGAUGAGUUGGCGGCUGGUUGGCGUACCUUUCUUCACUCGGUGUCCUUAAACGUGGUGCUUGACGACAAUACAAAAGGCGGGGCAGCAAAUUGUUGUUCGUGCCACGUUACGUACGGACACAAAGCGACAUCCCGGUUUUCUUGCUGCCUUGAAUCCCGGUUUUCUCGCUGCCUUGAAUUCAAACUGCGACGACUGCUGCCAAAACAAGGGCAAAAAUUCAACUCUCUGACUUUUCAAAGUGUCUCGGUGCACGUUUUGAGUUGGAUUUCAACCCGUGACGUCAGUUAGGCCAACUUUCCGUGUGUGUUUACAAUGUGCCAAGUAAUCCAAGAGCUCGCCUUGGAUACACGUCUGUACAUACGAAGGGAAAGAAAAAGCAUGUACAAACCUGUAAGCCCUUAUGCCAUGUAUUUAAUGUGAAUUAUGUAUGUGGGCUGCAUGGCUCAGUGGUAGAGUGGUUGUCUCACAAUUCAAAGGUUGUGGGUUUGAUCCUCAACCUUGGCGACCUUGUCAAAGUGUCCUUGAGCAAGACACCUAACCCCUAAUUUGCUCCUGGCAAUGCCUUGUGUGGCAGCAGCCUCCCAUUGGUGUGUGUGAAUGGGUGAAUCGAUUGUAAAAUGCGUGUAGAUGAAGUGCAGUCCAUUCAUCAUUUACCAUGUACAAAGACUGAGCAACAUGUAAUCAGGCCAUUUGACAAAUUGCGUGAUAUAACAGUGGACUAAUGUUUUGUACAUAAAAUAUUUAUGAAUGAA